GGUUUCUUUUCCCAGAGCCGCGGCUUCGAGCUCAGCUCCCCUAUUUUUUUAAACAGAGGAGGUAAACAACAACAACACUCCCACUCGUUCCUGCAGCCACAGAGUGUUGUUGUUGUUGUUGUUGUUGAUCUGAUACUCUGGGUGUUUUUUUUGUGUGUGUGCGUGUGUUUUUUUUUUUUUUCUUCCGGUCGCUUCCCGAAUGCCGUAUUCAUCGUCAACUUCUCCGACCUCUCUCCACUUGAGACUUGCGCCGCAUCAUGAAUAGUUCGGGACCACCUUCCAACCGCACGCCUCUGGCAUGGUGGGGAUUACACGGCCGGGACCCGCAGAGCGUGUGAACGCAAAUGGAGUUUGGGAUUUAUUGCAAAAAAGGGGAAAGAUGACCGUGUUCUCGCUGUGCUUGCUCCUGUGCGCAGACCUGCUGGAUCUGGCCGUCGGAUAUUUGACAGUUACCAUCGAGCCCCUGCCUCCUGUUGUGGUGGGAGAGACCGUUACUCUCAAGUGUAACUUCAAAACUGACGGAAGGCUUCGAGAGAUCGUCUGGUACAGGGUCACAGAUGGAGGGACCAUCAAGCAGAAGAUCUUCACCUACGACGCUAUGUUUAAUACCAAUUACUCUCACAUGGAGGACUACCGCAGGCGCGAAGACCUCGUGUACCAAUCAACCGUCCGACUCCCGGAGGUACGCAUCUCAGACAACGGACCUUACGAGUGCCACGUGGGCAUCUACGACCGGGCAACGAGGGAGAAGGUCGUCCUGGCUUCAGGGAAUGUAUUUCUUACUGUUAUGUCGCCUCCAAACAACAUAUCAGUGGUGGCGGAGAACACUCCGGCUGCAUUCAGUCGAUACCAAGCGCAGAACUUCACUCUGGUCUGCACCGCGAAAGGAGGAAAACCAGCCCCGUCGGUGUACUUCAAGCGUGACGGCGAGCUGAUCGAGGUGAUCUCCUACACUCAAUCCUCCGGCGAGCAGGGCGGCGGCUCGGCCGGCGUGCGAGGAGCCCGGCCGCUCAUCAGCAGGGACCUCGAUGACACCAAGCUGCAGCGCUCGCUCUCCCUCCUGGACCCCGAGGGGCGCGUCCCCCGGCUGUACACGGAGAGCCCCCAGCGGGUCCACACCCAGGGCCAGCAGUCCUACGAGCCCAGCCCCGCGACAGAGGUCAUCCCGGAGACGGUGGUGAGCCGGGAGUUCCCCCGCUGGGUGCACAGCACCGACCCGCUCUACUACUUCAGCCACACCAACAUCCCCCAGAGUGACGGCUCCGUGGUGGUGCAGGCCCGACUCACCUGGACCCUCAACCCUCAGCUGGAUAACGACGCCCUGUUCAGCUGCGAAGUCAAGCACCCGGCCCUCUCCAUGCCCAUGCAGACAGAGGUCACCCUAGCUGCUCCUAAGGGUCCUAAACUCUUCAUGUCCCCUACCAGAGCCAAGGUAGGGGACACGGUGCGCAUCACCGUGCAAGGAUUCCAGGUAGGAUCGCCUGGGAACGAGGUGUUCCCCGAGCCGCUCUUCACCUGGACGCGAGUCGGGGGCCGCCUGCUCGACGGCAGCGCCGAGCGAGACGGGAAGGAGCUGAUUCUGGAGCGAGUGCCGGCCGAGCUCAACGGCUCCAUGUACCGCUGCACGGCCCAGAAUCCUCUGGGCUCCACGGACACGCACACGCGCCUCAUCGUCUUCGAAAAUCCGAGCAUGAUGAAAAACACACAGAAUCAGAACAAUGGAGCUUCACGCGUGGACGUGCUCGGACUAACGUGGAUGGCGCUCGUCCUCACAGUGACAGUGGAACUGACGUGAAAGCUCUCAUUGGAGACACUCGCACGCUGACACGUACACACACACAUACUUGCCCUUCUUACACGGCAUCCACACACACACACACACACACACACACAUUUCCACAAACCCUGCAAGCCUUCUCCAGUCAUCAACAGGCUCUCCAUGCGUCGGAUCGAUCAGGAAACAGCUCCACUGUUUUUUUUGGUUUCUUUUUUUUUUUUUUGUAAUGAAAUAAUAACCAAGAUAAUGAUAUCAAAAGAACAACGUGAUGAACAUGACAAUAACCCCACCCCCCCUCCCCCUCCCUCUCCUAUAUAGCCCUGCCCAUUUACACCCCUUAUGUUUCUUGUUUCCCACGUCUGCCUGUUGAUCAAUAAAAUCUGAUGAGUUGAAAUGGAAAAAGAAAAAGAAAAAGCAUUUGGAUUUUAUUUUUGUUGAGUCAAAAAUGUCGUCGGUGUUGACUGAAAUGUGAAGAACAAAAAAAAAAAAGUGGAACUGGCUGGAUAUGCGCCACCAUAUCAACCACACCCAUCUGUUACAUGUCCUGGGAUGCACCUGAUUAGCAACAAGCUGAUGAACCACAGGGGAACAAACACAGAUGCUCCGAGAGAACCGUCUUUCUUUUUCUUUUUCUUUUUUAUUUGAUAUAAAAGUAGCGAAUCUUUUUUUCUUUCUCAUGGCGUGGAAUGUUCAAGAGGAUUUAAAUGCAUUAAGAAAC